CAAUUAUUUGUAAACAGUCGCGAGGGCAGAGUGGAGAGGAGGAAAUGAGAAUCUUCUUUCUUAUCUAUCGCUCAAAAAUUGUGAAAAGUUUUAAAAUCUCUCUCAAAAAUGUCUGCACCUCGUAAACCGAGUUUAUUUGCGUUGAAGAUGCAAAAAUUACGCGAGACUGAGAACAAUCUAAAGCAGCCUCAAGCUCCCUGUCCUCCUCCAGGAACAAUUUUCGGUGAUCGCAGUUACAUUGUCGGUGGCCCCGAAGCAUCGGAAAUCCACUCCGAAAAUGUUAAUAAAUUAUCAUCGAUGUCUCCAGAAGAAAUACUCAAAGCACGUGAAGAACUGCUUCAGGUUUUGAAUCCCUCACACGUAGAAUUCUUGAAGAAAAUACGAACAGAAUCACAGACUGGAUUAGAAUCACCGAUGAAUGAUUUAUCCAUAGAAACACCCUCGUUAAAUGUCGAUCUGGAGUUGAAAAAUAAAGGCGUUCAUAUGGAUAAAGUAGAACCGGAGAAACUGAAAUGGAUGGAAGAUGUUCCCGAGAUCAAAGAGCCGCUUCCAGAAACCUUUUACAGCGCUAGAUUUGAUUUCGAAGGUAAUUUGUUACCUUUUAUCGAAAAGAACCAAAGUACAUGUGAAAAAGGUUUAUAUCAUCAUGGAGACGAACCUCACAGACCUGGUUACACGAUAGAAGAAUUAUAUCAACUGUCCAGAAGCUCGAUUAUUAGACAGAGAAUUGUCGCUCUGAAUACACUGGCAGCUAUUUUGGAAAAAGAAUAUAUUUUAGCUGAUUAUCUCGCAACACCUUUGUUAAAACAACUCGUGGAAUCGCAAAUUUUUCUUAUACUACGGUUCUCUCUCGAUGAACGUUUAAGAACCGUGUACUUGGCAGCAUUACGAGCUAUCAGUGCUUUACUUUGGAGAGCUCUAGAUAUGCAUUACUUAUCCGAUAUGGUUGGGCUAUUUGGUGAUUUGAAAUUACCUACUUUUGAAGUGGUUGAGAAAGAAGUCACGCAAGAAAACAUAGAAGAAAUGCAAGAUGUCGAGAUACUAAAACUAGACCUCAUCAAAGGUGCUUUACGUACCGAUCUUGUAUUAAGACUGAAAUACAUAAUCGAAGACCCUCUAAUCGAAGUGGAUAAUUUACUCUGUGUGAUCAAAUGCUUGACAAGAAUAUCUUACCAUUCCUUUGAAGCCACAGUAGCAAUUUUAAAUACGCCGAAUUUACUAGAGAUAUUAUUCUUCAACUGCGAAUUAUCUCUGAAUAAUGAAAAAAUGUACACAGCCAAGUUGAUGAUCCUGUUUCGAGUGAUCGCAUCUCGUUCCCCCGAAUUCGCCUCGGUACUGAACAAAAGAUUAAACCUGAUACCAUUUUUAUUGAAAAAUAUCGGCGAUACGGUCACCAAGACGUCGACGGUGAGCCAAUGUGUAUAUCUAUGGCAAGUUCUUCUCCAGCAUCACAUCGGUGCAGAAUCCGUAUCCGAAAUAGUACCUGUAUUUUACACCAUUAUCAAUCAACUACACGCCAUAAACGCGGAUAAUGUUCAAAACAGCGUUAUAUUAUUCGCCACAUCUUUACUCACGCUGUUGGUAUUUUUAUUCGAACAGUUCUACGAAACGGUACGUUUCCUUAUACCGGUCUUGGAAGAACUGUGUUGUCGUUGGAUCAACGUAUUCGCUACUGAGAAAAAAGUCUCUAGAGAGUUCGUCAAAAUGUUAUCGAACAGUAUAUUCUUAAUGAAUAAUAUCCAAACGAAGAAUUCCUUGAAUUUGGUCACCUAUAAUAUCAAAAUGAAAGUCUUGACCAAUGCGAACAUUUACGCAAAGAUCACUCGAGACUUGGCGAAAAGCUCAUUUUUAUUAAAUGCUAACGAAGAAGGCUUCAUCGAAUGUUUACCAUCGUUAUGUGUCCCUAAAGAAAUUCUCACCACGAAUAAUAAUCUCGUAAUAGUUCAUAGCUUGGUGAAAUACGGUUUACAAAAUGGCAGCCACGCUUUCGUACGUAAUGUGUUCAAUAACGACCUAUGGCGUUACAUAGAUCAAAUUCUCAAAUUGGAUAAUUCCAAUAAAAUAUCCUCUUUGUGGUGUGCUCGAUUUGAAAUAACCUUUUUAUGCGAUUUACUCAAAUUAUGCUCGAAAUGGGACGUAUUUCUGGACAGAAAACUGCUCGAAUUGGCAUUCACUUUGGUUCGUAUGGUUCACAGCGAUGAUAUACACAUGGUCAACGAUAUCUUCAACGAUAUUUUAUUCAAUGGGAAAAUCUACCAGCAAAUGAUAACCAUCGACGAUAAUAAUUUUGCCAACGCUCUGAGUGAUCUAGAUAAUAUGAAAGUUUAUUUCGUGAAAGAAUUAGGACUAUCGAAAGGUUCUCCGAGCGGACUAAUUUCGUCGAAAUGUGGAACCGAAAGUGUCCUCAGUACCGACUGGCAUUACUUACCGAUACUGAAGAUUAGCAACAAUAAAGAAACCGAGAUUAAAGUAUCUGUUGAAUCAAUAACACCAGUUUUGAAAUGGAUCUACUUGUUGGAAUAUUUCUCCGAAUACAUCAAGAUAGAUAUUCCUUUGGUUGCUCGAUAUUGUCGAAUAUCUUGUGUAUUCUUUUGCGGUGACGUGUUCCUAGAUGUAGCCGAUAUACUGCACGCUAUUCUGAAGCAAUUACUCAAACAUAACGAUCGACUCGAUUUCAGCAGCGAGAUCGCUGGUAUAUCAUCGUUUUACGAUUUCUAUCGUGAACUCUGCGAACAAUUUGUUAGUUCUUCGUAUUGUAAUCCUAUAUUUGGAAUGUAUGUACUUGUACCAUUGCAACAGAAACACGAUUCGAGGUUACGUAAAUACGUUUGGAUGGAGCAGGCAAUCAUGUUAAGGUUCUUGAAUCUACCCGAAGACCAGUUACCUAUACCGAUGCAGUGUUUUCUCGAACCUAUUGAAGAAGAUGUCAGAUUGAUUGAAACCUAUCUGCGAAUCGUUGCUACAGGAAAAGUUACUCCGAGAAUGAGUCCUAUUUGUUAUCGAAUUGCGGUUCAUCAUAUUACAUCUUUUAUUCGUCAACGUAAAGAUGAAGCGGUGGCGAUCAGGUUACAACAAAUGAUUCAGAAAAUUGGCGAUCCUGCAUUACAGAAAGUGUUAUCGAGUGAAUGAACAUCGUUGAUUGGCAUUUAUGGUUACUUUUUGAAUUAACGAGAUAAAGUGGCUAACAGUUGGAAAAUUUUUGAAGAGACUCGUGAUAAAGGAUUUUAAUAUUUCUGAAGGCUGUGAAAAUUCAUAUAUUUUUUAAGGCAUGGCCUAUAAUAAAUGAUGAUUUAUACUGCUGAGUUGAUCUAGACUCUGCUCGUUUA